GACCAACCCAAACCAUCAAACCAAUUCAACCCAUCAGACCAAUCCAAACCAUCUGAUCAACCUACCUUCCCUUCUCCUUUCCCUUCCUCAUCAACCCCAGCAUGUGAUAAUUUGCAUACAGUUAAUGAUCCAUUCAUUCAUGUUGUUUCUAAUCCUAAUUCUUCUACUCCAACUUCACCUGGUUUCAUCAAUUUUGAAACCAUGGAUGAGCAAGAUGUUGAGUUUAAUGAGGAAGUCCAAGCAGAAGAUGAAGAGGGGGAGAGAAGAGGAACAAGUACCUGAUGCUCAUCCACUGAGGAAGUCCACCAGAACCAGUGUUCCACCUGUUUGGCAUAGAGAUUAUCAUGUAGGAAGCGCCAGCAAAUACCCCAUUGCUUCCUACAUGAACUAUUCUCAACUUAGUACAAGCCAUAAAUCAUUUUCAAUGGCAGUAACCAACAUGAAGGAACCUCAAACCUUUGAGGAAGCUAUGUUACAUGAAGGUUGGAACAGGGCAGUGAAUGAUGAGCUAGGUGCCUUAGAUGCAAAGCACACAUGGGACAUUGUGGACUGUCCACCAGGAAAGAAGCUAAUAGACAACAAAUGGGUAUUUAAAGAAAAAUUGCAUGCAGAUGGUAGCCUAGAAAGGCAGAAAGCCAGAUUGGUGGCAAAGGGUUUCACUCAAAUCUAUGGUGUUGACUUUCUUGACACCUUCUCACCAGUUGUAAAGGUCAACACUGUGAAAACACUACUGGCAGUUGCAUCAGUGAAGAAUUGGUUUUUACACCAAAUGGACAUCAGUAAUGCAUUCUUGAAUGGAGACCUAGAGGAAGAAGUCUACAUUAAGAUACCUCUAGGAAUGAAAGCAAUUCCAGGUAAGUGUUGCAAACUAAGGAAAUCUCUUUAUGGACUCAAGCAAGCAAGUAGACAGUGGUAUGCAAAACUGACUGAGGCAUUGACAAACUUUGGCUUCACUCAGUCUUACUCUGACUACUCCCUCUUCACCAAACAAACACCUGAAGGUAUUCUAGUCAUGCUGGUAUAUGUGGAUGAUCUUAUACUCUCUGGCAACAGUAUGAAACUCAUACAAGGAGCCAAGAAUUACCUAUCACAGCAGUUCAAAGUGAGAGACCUAGGGGAGUUGAAGUACUUUCUAGGUUUGGAAAUUGCAAGAAGUGCAAGUGGAAUAUCAGUUAGUCAAAGGAAGUAUUGCUUGGACUUAUUACAAGACACAGGUUUCUUAAAUGGAAAGCCUGUUAAUUCCCCAUCAGACAUGAAGACCAGGUUGUCACAGUUCAAUGAUGAAGAAUUGGUAAAUCCUUAUGAAUACAAGUCGUUGCUGGGGAGACUGAACUACUUGACCACAACAAGGCCUGACAUAGCAUACGCAGUGCAGCAGCUAUGUCAGUUCCAAGCUCAACCAAAGGUUUCUCAUGUCAAAGCAGCACACAGAGUGCAGAGAUAUCUCAAGGGCAGUCUAGGACAAGGUCUGUUCUUUGCAUCAGACACUGUUUUUUCAUUAACAGGCUACACCGAUUCAGACUGGGGGGCUUGCCCUGACACUAGAAAAUCAAUUACGGGCUACUGUACCUUCCUUGGGAGCUCACUCAUCACCUGGAAGGCUAAGAAGCAAGCUAUUGUCUCGAAGUCAUCAUCCGAAGCAGAGUAUCGAGCUCUGUCCCAGCUCUCCUGUGAGGUACAGUGGAUAACUCAGUUGCUAAAAGAUUUGAAUGUCAAAUACGAAGGACCAGCUACUGUGUAUUGUGACAAUAAGUCAGCUAUUCACAUGGCAGAAAAUCCCGUGUUCCACGAAAGAACAAAACACAUAGAGAUCGACUGCCAUGUGAUUAGAGAAAGAGUAAAUUCGAGGUUGAUUACCUUGAAGUAUGUCUGCACAGAUCGCAAUUUGGCUGACAUUUUCACAAAAGGGUUAAGUGCACAUCGCUUCAAGUGGAUUUUGUUCAAGCUGGGAGUAUAUGACAUAUACUCGCCAGCUUGUGGGGGGCUGAUGAAUCCCAUGGUGAGUUAAGAGAAAGAUGAAGAAGAAGAAGAGGAAGCUCAGCCCCAGCAACGGUCAAUUGCAGAACAGGGAAAGGAGAAGAUUCAAACAAAUCGACUGAAACCCAGCAACAAGAAGAAUGGAGGAUGAAACGGCAGCGCUUUUAUUUACUGUACAUAUAUUUAGAGUUUUAUUUAUUUUGUUUCUCUGUAAAUGCCUAGCUUAGGCACGUGUAAUUGUUCUAGUGGACAAGGGCGUUAUGGUUGUUUGUCCUGUAGCUUCCAUUUUUCCUGUAUAUACUCUGCAGCUGAGCUGCUGUGAAUGACAAGAAAGAAUUUCACAAAAUCAAUCUGUCCUUUUCUAAACAUUCUCAUAUGUUUCAAUACUUUUUUAAUAUAACAACAAUAAGAUCGCAACCGAUCAACUUAGCCUUUUAAGUUUCAAUGCUGAAUUUAAAAAAAAAAAGAAUAAAAGGUAAGAGCAUAG